AUGGACUGCGAGAGGUGCCAGUGCCACAGCGAGGACAAGCGCACCGCCAUCCUCUACACCCUCCUCAGCCAGAACCUCAGCCACAGCCGGGGCAGCCACAGUCCGACCCACCAACGCUAAAAAAAGCGCCGGACCGUCUGCUUCCGCACGCCCCAUACCACCUGCCAGGCAGCCUCCAACGUGCUGGUAAAAACUGUCAACUUCAUGAAAAACCUUCCUUCCUUCCACCUCCUGCCGCGAGAGGAUCAACUCCUGCUGCUGGACAGCUGCUGGGUUCCCCUCUUCCUCCUGGGGCUGGUCCAGGAGAUGGUGACCUUCGAGGUGAUGGAGACCCCGGCCCCCAGCAUGCUCAAGAAGAUCCUCCUCGAUGGCCAAAGCAAAUGGCAGGAGCCCGAGCGGACGCAGCCCACGCUGGCUGCCGAAACCUGGGGCUGUUUUCCAGCCUCCCUCAUCACCAGCUUUUCCUCCUCUCCCUUGGCAGAUGUCCCCGGGCUGAAGGCCUCCCUGUACAUCGAGAGCCUCCAGCGGGAAGCCCAGAGAGUGCUCCAGGAGGUCCUGCAGCCCCUGCACCCCGAGGACCAGGGUCGCUUUGCCCGCAUUUUGCUGAUUGCCUCCACCUUGAAAUCAAUCCCUCCCGCCCUCAUCACGGAUCUCUUCUUCCGACCUGUCAUCGGCAACGCGGAUAUCGUGGAGCUCCUGGCGGAAAUGCUGUACGAAACC